CCAAACGCAGCCCGGCCAGUCCGGAAAGUGCAUACAUUUGGGAAGAGAGCAAACUCCAUCAAGAGAGAUCCUAACUCUCCUGUUAUAAUGCGUGGCUGGCUUUAUAAGCAGGAUAGCUCUGGGCUGAAACUAUGGAAACGGCGUUGGUUUGUCCUUUCCAAUUACUGCCUCUUCUACUACCGAGAUAGCCGUGAAGAGAUGGUUUUGGGCAGUAUCCUCCUCCCCAGCUAUGAGAUUCGGACAGCUUUCUCCAAGGAGAAGAAGAACCGUCGCUUUGUAUUCAAGGCUGAACACCCUGGCAUGCGGACUUACUAUUUCAGUGCCGACACCCAGUUGGAUAUGAAUAGCUGGAUCAGGGCCAUGAACCAGUCAGCUGCUGCUGAGUGCAACUGUGGAAACCUCAAUCAAGGGGGUCUCCACAGCCAGUCAGUGUCUGCCCACACCAGCUUUGAGGACAUCCGGCUGCCCCAGGGUGAUUGUGCCAAAAGCACCGAAUCACUAGAAGUUGCCCAUCUCUCAGAGAUCCAGGAAGCCCGGGCCUCCUCGUCUGAGAGCCUCCACCUGCCUGACAUCCAGACAGGAUCUCCUUGCGUUAAGAGGGCUUCUUUAUCUAGUUCACUCAACGGGAGCUUCUGCUGUGAAAAGAAAGAGCAGCCAGAACUGAGCUCCCUGUCAUCCCAGACACAUGGAUGUCCCUCUCCUAUUAGUUGCACCAAGUUCGCUUCCCGGCCACGGAGCCCACUACCGCCUUCAUCUGAGAGUCCACCUCCUCCUUCUCCAUCUCAGAUAUCUCAGCCUUCCCCUGUGUUUUCACUGCGUUCCUCACGCGCUUAUUCCCUCCCAGUAGCCCCAGCCGAGUCCCCAAAGUUGCCACAGGCUCACCUCCCGAACAUGCAUGAUCCCCACUGGAGCCUUCAUGAUGCCCAUCGGAGCCCUCCGCGAUCUGUAGUUGCACAGGCUGCCUCCUGUGAUGACCUCUCUAUCAUGAGCUCGCCAAGGAGUCUGCAUGCCAAUAUUCCCAUGGGGAGGGUGGACAUUGCCCCCAACAAAGGCCUUCCCAAUAACCCUUACGCUGUUGUAUCACCGGCCCACAAAGGCCACUCUCUGACUCCUGCAGACCGGUAUGAUGUGUUCCCUACUUCUGAAGACUCCUAUGCCAGGCGCUACGCUCAAAGUCCUCAUCUCCAUAGAGUCCGGCCUGUGGGUGAAGAUGGCUUAGCCCCCUCAAUAGGGAGACCGCAACAAAACAGAUUUGCAGACCGAGGUUACCUCUCUCCAUCAGUUGGCCCGUCCCGUGCUUUGGUCAUGUCCCGGCUUCAUGGCCGAUUGAUAACCCCCCACUCUGCCUCAUCAAGCUACCUGCACCUACCACCCCUUCCUCCCCUGCCCAAUCGGCCCACCCCAGGAAAAAGGACAUCUAUAGGGAUCACGGGUCGAAACACACUCCGGGAAAGGAGUACCCAAUCUCCUGGCAGGCAACGGUUUGAAAGUGACACUGAUGCUCUCUUGACAAAAUUGUGCGGCCAAGACAAGGUGCUUCGAGGUCUGGAAGAAGAGACAGGUCAGCUCCGUAUUGAAAAGGAACGCCUUGAAAAGGCCUUGGAAGUAACACACUUGAGGCUGGAGGAAUUUAAAGGCCAAGAUGCCACCGUGGAGAAGAUCUGCUAUCAACAAAGACAACUACAAGAUGAACUGGUACAUACUCGUGCCCGUCUCUGCGAUCUCGCUCUGGACAGUGAACGAGUAUGGGAGGAUUAUACGGCCUUGGAAAAUGAUGUUCAGAUGCUGAAGGGUUCCUUGGAGCAUAUCCGGACUGCCGGGCAUCCCCAGGAUCAAGCAGCAGCUCAACAGGAUUUGUGGAGAAUCCACGACAUCUUGGCAGGACUGAGAUGCAGCCCAGCAAAUUAUCACACCCUGGAAAACCGAAGAUCAGAUGUGUCUCCAAGCUCACCCCCACCUCUGGAUUCUCAUUUGGGGGCAAAUCAUCACUCUUUGUUCUCCUGCACUGAAACAAAGGAAUCUACUCCCAUCUAUGGGCCGGAGACAGGAAAACCAGCCAGAAUGGGGAGCAAACAGCAGGAUAGCCCUGGUUCAGCAAACUGGCAGCAAAGUCCAUCUACCUCCAGCAGAGGGCAGUUGGGAGCAUCUCAGCAUGUGGAUGGACUCAAGGGGUCCCCAAACCAUCCCUCCACUGAGCCCCCAGAGAGUGAGAAAGGGAAGGUUGGCAGAGGAGAAGAUUCUAUUAGACCAGACCUAGAAGGCUGCAUCCAUAGAAGUGAAGGUUCUACCCAGCCUUUCCUCCAGGAGCUCAAAAGUGCCAUCCGUAGCAUUCCUUUUUCUUUUUCCAAAGAACAAUCCUGUGAGGUGGCCUCUUCCGAAACGACGGUCCCGCGGCGAUCCCGCAUGAGCGCCCAGGAACAGCUGGACAGGAUGCAGCGGCACCAGGAGGCCAAACGGAAAUCUGAGGCUGCCCAGCCCCCACCCUUGGGCCACUGGCGAGACUCUCUCAAGCAUGGGUCUAGCCGGCCCCUUCCCAAUGCCCCCCCUGAGUCAUCACCCAAGGAGGGAAUGCAAAUUGGGGAAGUCAAGCCUCCUCGGUGCCCCCCAACCCCUGAGUGGGAGCGACAGCGGGUAAUGCAGCUCUCCUAUGCGCUGGCGACCGAGGCUUCGCAGCGGGGAAAACUCCUCACAGGAAGGACCAGUUCUCGCUCCUCCCUAGAUGAUUUGCUUGCCUCAGAAGAUGGCUUGAACCAUCACUAUUUUCCUGGGGAUGGCACCUGCAUAAAGCUAGACUCUAGCAAUACAACAGAUGGACACAAUCAAACAAAUACUCAGAGUCCCAGCUGUAGCACUGACCCUAAAGUUGCAAAUCAGGUGCCAGCGUCACCCCAAGCAAACAAACCAAUGUUCAGUUCCUCAGAAGCUUCUGACUGGUCCUUGCCUUGCCCUUGCGAGGAAAGUUGGUUGCCAUCCAAGCUGAAGACUCCACAGCCAGCAUCCCACCUGUUUGACCCAGCCAGAGAGGAGCCAUUCCUACUCGGCGGUCCUCAUUGGGAGGAACCUUUGCCUCAGGCAACCAAUUGGAAUGGAUGUUUUUGCAGAACAGCCAAUUGGGUUCUGCCUCCUGUAUGGGACUUAGAGAUGUGGGCAGCUGAUCAAAAGCUAGUCGGCAAUCCAAGCCUAAACAAUGGGAGAUGCAUCCAUUGGAGAGGUGAGCCUCAACAGGUGGCAGCAUAUUUUGGAGAAAUGGCACAGCCUGUUAAGGUCACCUUGAUAAAAUCAAGUUUUUAACUGAAGUGGGAUGAAGAGAAGAUCUAAAGUGUCAUAAAAGAAUAGGGGCCAGUCUUGGAGAUGGUUGCCUGCUCUCUUAGAAAUAUUCAAAAUAAGAACAUAUAAAACCUUGGCCUUUUAGAUCAGAAACACCAUAUCUCCUGUAUGUGAACAUCUCCAGCAUACCAUCUGUAUUUCCCAAUUGAAUUUUCUCAGUUACUUUCUCACCAACUCAUCUAGUCUAGAAAAACCAUGAUUUUUUUUGUUUAGUUUUCGUUGUUGCUCCAGUCCUAGACGCUCCCGGAAACAAAUCAUGAUGAGUUCCAUGGUCUCAGUCUAUAGCAGUGUUUCUCAACUUUGGCAGCUUUAAGAUACCUGGACUUCAAAGUAUCUUAAAGUUGCUAAAGUUAAGAAACACUGGUCUACAAAUUUAUAUACUGGGUUGGGAAAUGGGGGCACUCAAUUUCAAAUCCAUACGUAUUCAAGACGUUUAGUAGUUAUGGCAGAGAAUGCUCUUACUCUUUGAUUUUUAGGAGGUCAAAAUCCACCAAGAUUGCUUCAGGAAGUGUUUCCCCUUUAAGAAAAAAAAAAGCUAAAGUAUCCUUGUAUAGAUGCCUGUUUAUAAUGGGGAACUCCUAAAAAAUAAGGUUACCAUGUACAAAUAUUUGAUAAAUAGAUAGACAUCGGUGGAUUCCUGACCAUUAGUGUCUGCAGAUAUUCCUAUUCGACAAAUAAAUUCCAAAGGCAUAUCAUACUGUACAUCCUAGUUGGAUGAUACUAAUACUUUCUGCAUUUUUUUAAAAGAUGCAGCUUUAGAUCCCACCUUUAUUAUUUUUAUAAAUAAUUCAACAUGGCAAACAUAACAAAUACUCC